GCUCGUAUAUAUAUCGCCUCGAUUUAAGCCACCCCUAAAUUUGUUGUAUUGAUUGUGUUUUGGUCGAAUAAGUUUAUUGCAUUUGCGAAAAGUGAUUUUGUUUAGCCUAGCGGGUAGCAGAAAUGUGCCUAAAAUCAAUGUGUCAUUUUCGUUCAGCAUAUUAGCCUCAGUAGGUAAAUAAUGCUUUGACUUGGUCGACGGAAAUCAAACUGAUCAUAUAGCAUUUUCAAAUAUAAAUAACGUGAGUGUAGGUGAACGUGGCAACCCUGUUCCCCUUUCAAAAAAGUCCUACCGUGUACAGAAAAUAUGGUUAACCAAUAAUCGUCAUGUAUAGAGACAAUUUCCGCGCAUGCGCCUCAACCAUUUGAUUAGUCCUUCGGUACACAUCAGGUUUGAAAUAUACAAGUUAAUAGUCAAGUACAUUUUUGCUUAUUAUUAUCAAGAAAAAUUUAUAAAUGAGUCGCUCGUUCAAUUUCAAUUUCAAUUUGUUCGUGCCACAAUUCAUACAUAUCGUUAACGUAAUGCUAUACAAGCACAUUUAUUGAUUUGGAGUUUUUCUGUCCAGAAAAUAAACAUUAAGUCAAAUGUACUGGCCAGGCAAAGCAAUUUAAACAAAGAAAAACACUAAAUAGAAACAAAUUAGCUCCUAAAAAGUUAAAAACAGUGAAAACAUGGGGUGCUUAAGUAGUAAAGACCGUUUAACCAAAGAGGACAUGGAGUUCUUAAAAACGCAUACGAGAUAUGACGAAGCCACAAUUAAAGAGUGGUAUAAGGGAUUUAAGCAAGAUUGCCCCAACGGCCGAUUGACGCCAGCUAAGUUUGUCGAUAUGUAUAAAAUGUUCUUUCCAUCCGGAAAUGCGGAAGAGUUUUGUGACCAUGUUUUUCGUACAUUCGAUAUGGACAAAAAUGGAUAUAUUGACUUUAAGGAAUUUUUACUCGCAAUAGAUGUAACUUCAAGCGGAACACCGGAGGAAAAGCUAAAGUGGGCCUUUCGAAUGUACGAUGUCGAUGGCAAUGGUGUUAUAGACAUACAAGAAAUGACCAAAAUUGUUCAGGCAAUUUAUGACAUGCUAGGAGCGUGCUCAUCUAAUCGUCCAGCUGAUUCAGCAGAAGAAAGAGCAAAAAAUAUUUUUGCAAAAAUGGACGAAAAUAACGAUGGUCAAUUAACCCAAGAUGAGUUCUUGAAAGGAUGCUUGCAAGAUGAGGAGUUGUCAAAAAUGUUGGCACCAUAAACAAUUAUAUCCUACAAUAUGUGUGUAUUUGAUGAAAUCAGUAAUGAAAUGUAUAAAUACUUAAUUUAUAUUUCUUAUACUAAAAUUAAACUACUAUAAAACUAUGCAAUCAUUAAACUAUUUUCAGUGUGUCACUCAAAUUAAUACAUUAAAAUUUUUCACCAGAUCUAAAAACAUGAAUCGUUUAAUGAUUUUAAUUUUCGUAUUUGCAUUGUUCACUCAUUUUAUAGCGGUGUUUUUAGCUUGGUCUCGACGGACUAAAAAAUAUAUUCAACGUGUUUUAAAAACUAUCUGCAACCGAUGAUUGGACGCUAUUGGAAACGGCAACGAAAUUUGAAAAUUUACUAUAUAAAUUUUCUAUAUUUUACUGGGAAAUUGGGUAUAAUAUUGUGUCUUAUAUACUCUUAUAUUUUUCAAAAUCAAUUUUAGACUACUUAGCCAUGUUUUCAUACUAGAAGCCUGUU